AUGGCGACCGAUGCAUCGGAGAUAAUGAUCCAAACAAACCCCAGUCCCGUCCCCGACAACAGUUUCACCACAAUGUCUCUUAAAAUGACCCGGAAAAACCAGCAUAGUCCCUGGAAAUUGAGACUUAUUUACCUGCAGUGCUAUUUCUUGAGCAUUGCAACCAUACUGGGGACUGGUAUCCUAGGUCUGCCAGUGACAAUUGCACAUGCUGGACUGCUGCCGUUCCUCAUCACCUUUCUCAUUGGCUUCCUUGUCCAGGGCCUUGUGAUCUACCUGUUUGUGGAGCUGCUUCAAAGAUGCCAGGUGGCGCAGGUAGAAUCGCUGAAGGGCGCCUCCACUGAGCAGAUUAUAAUGGAACAGGUGGAGGAAGGGGAGGUGGUGCCUGCAAGAGCAGCUCACACAGAAGAGGAGGAGGAGGAGGAGGAGGAGGUGGGGGAUGAAGAUGAAGGGGAGAGUGCAGUUUUCAUGAGAGUGAGGCUGAGUAUACCAGCCUCCUCUUGCACACGGACAUUACCUAGUUGUUGUUUGUCCCUGUCCCCUGUCCAUCCGUUGGCAUCAGUUCUUCAAAGAGACGACACAGGCCUACUCACGCCCGAUGCAGAGGUGGAUGUCCAGAGCCAAGCCCAGAGCUUACAGCCCAACCUGCAUCUCCUGGGCCGUCUCUUCCUCAGCAGGCCCAUGAGCCAUGCCUUUGACUGCAUCAUCCUCUUUCAAUUUAUCUCUGUCGGAAUCAGCUACGUCCUGGCAGGCAGUGAAGCCUAUGCUGCUCUAUUCAACGUCAGCCACAUCUAUGUGAUCCCACUCUUCACCUGGAUCCUGACUCUGUCCAUCCUAUUGGCUCAGCUAAUAAUACAGCCAAUCACCUCCCUGCUCACCCUGUUCAAAGGACUCCUGCUCAUCGUCACGGUUGCCGUGACAUUUGUGGUGGGGUCAGAGGUGGGCCUGCAGAGCAGCGCUGACUUCAGCCAGAUGGGGAAGCCUUUCCUGAUGGGCACCGUGGCUCUGGGAGGGAUAGUGAACGUGAUGCCUAUGCUCUUCUCACAGAUCUCCCACAACAAGAACCAGAUCCUGUGGUUCAGGAGAGCUGUAUUAGCGGGACUCACCACAUGCACUGUGCUCAACAUUCUCUGGUGUUGGGCCAUCCUGGAGAUAGUGCCCCAGACCACCUCCUCGCAGGGCUCAGUGGCGGGCGGUGCGGCACAGCGCUCCAACGCCAGCCGCGGCGGAAACGUCACCCCCUUCUCACCUCCACCUCCGGAGUAUUCCUACAUUUCGCUCGAGGCGUCUGAAAAUGCAGGAGAAAUUGCAACGAUUCCCCUGACUAAAAUCAUCAGGGAACAACACAAGGCCUACUGCUGGGUGUCAGAACUGAUCCAGAUCUUCAUCGCCAUCAGCAUCACAGUCUCUUUCCUCGUGAUGGGCUCUGCCAUGAAACACACUAUUGAUGGCCUGGUGAGCUCCUUUUGGACGGACAGACUGGAGGUCUUAUCGAAGGCCUGGGAGCGGCGCUUUUCCACCAGGCUGCAUGUCUUCUCAGCCAAGAGCCUUGCCAGUGGGUGCGUGUCAUUGCUGGCGUUUGGGACCAUCUUUGUCAUCUCGGCCUGCGAUCCAAGGGGUUUCGUUGUGAUGCUGGACAAGGUGGUGUCUUUGUUCCUCAACACCGAGGUGGGGCUGUUUGUCUUCGCCAUGCUACAGGCCUCCAAGGCACACCGGUUCCAACACCUCUCCAUUCCACUGCCGGUAAGCAGGCGGGUCUUCAGCCUGAGUUGGUUGCUUCCUGUCUACUUCCUGUUUGCCGUCGGUUACGACGUCCUGUUGACCCUGAUGGAGGUGGCCGAGAGCCUUCACAUCUACAAGCACGGCCCACUCAUGGCUGCCAACGGUAGCCCACUAACGCCAGCCAAUACUAGUUCUCCGUUGUGACUGUGACAGAUGGAGAUGGACAUGUGUGGGCGCCAUGGACAAAGACAAACAAGCAUAACCUGAAAGAAACCAUCAGGCGCCAUCCCUUAAACAGUAUUGCACAAAGCAUUUCACGAAUAGGGGUUGUCUUGUAAGUACUCCCCUUGCAGCAGAAUGCGCUGGUCCACAGAAUGAAAGCCAAUAACGAGUACUUUAGCGAGAAUGGAAACAUAACCCAGACUAAAUUUGUCACAGAGAAUGUAACUUUCAUUAAUUUGUAAACUGGUUCAUGACAUUUUAUUCCUUUGGUGAUAAUGACUGUGUGAAUGUAGUAUCCCUGUGGAUAACUACUUAAAGGUUGGGUAUGGAAUUCUCUUUUUUGGCCAUUUUUGCGAAAUUACUUGAAAUCCUUAUCAUAACCCACUUACAGCCACUGAGUUAGAAGUACUGACAUGAAAAUUAAACAAGUCAAUCAUCUGUGGAACGGGCAGGGCUCGAAAAACUCCAGCCAAUGAUUUCCAGAACCAGCGAGUGGCAUUGGACAGUCAGUAUGUCAAUCAAACGGUCGUACUGCACUCCCCCUCCCCCGCUCCCCGCGCAUGACCCCUUCGUGCAUGUACUCAAAGCUCGUGACCAAGCUUCUGUUUGUUGUUAUCCUGCGGUAGCUACUGGAGGAAGCUAACUAGCUAAUGGCUCGCUCUCGUGCAUCUGUGUUUGUGCUCUUGCAUGACUGCGCGUCCAGGUACUUCGAAUGGGUGGAGUCAGAGUCAGCAUUGAAGGAGAGGGGGUAGGACCAUUUCAGUUGUGUAUUUUUUCAAAAUCUGCUGGCGUUUCCCAUACCCAUACCCAACCCUUAACCUAUAGAACCAUUUCAAACAUGAAACACAGGAUCAAAUGGCAUUGUCUUUGGAAAAUACCACUAUUUUUUCUUUUUUUCGACAAUAAUAGCUAUCAAAAUACCCUUGGACCUUGUGGAAUUAGGGCAUCUAAAAGAUGUGUUGAAUGAAGAAUUACUUUUUCACCCAUCCAUGCUAGGUUUCGGUUUAUGUCCGAUGGCACUUUCAACUUCUUCAAUGUUUUUUAGGUAACCUACGCAUGUGCUGAGAAGUCUGGCUGUGUUUUAAAGUAGAUCUCAUGAAUCAAGCAUUAUGUUUUCUUCUUUUGUAUCUUUCUUCCUGUUUUUCUUUCUUCGUUGGUUCGACCAAACUCCAAUAGCUGUGGUUAUUCAUGUUGUGAAUAAGAGGGAGGCAUAGGAGGACAGCAUUGAUCGAUUGAUUUCAUAUCAAAUAUAGACACACAAAGGUACACAACCACACACACUUGCUCUAAAUCACAAGUCACAGAACCAUACUGAGUGCCAAAUGAAAAGAUAUAUUUAUUCACUAAAUAAUAUAAUAGUUUGUAGUUUGCUGAACAAAACCAUUUAUAAACGCUGUUUUAAAAGCUUUAAAAAGAAAACACUGGACAGCAUUUUGUCCUAAUUUAGCUUUAUCUAUUUUACACUUCUUACUUUUUUGGUCUUUCUCUGACGGCUCUACACUGUUUGUCUUAGGAGCACUUUUCGCACAUGUGUCAGUAUUUAUUAUGUUCCCAGAAAUGAGUAUGUAUUUUAAUCAUGUCACUAACGCAGAAGCCAUGAGCAGAUAUCAGACUUUGUCAAAUCAUUGUUUUCAAUGAUUAAAUUCAUAUUUUCCGCUUUGAGUCAAGUUGCUUGAUGUUUUACUUUGAUUUACAAUUGUUUAUUUACUAAAUGUCAACAAGG